GUUUUAUUACUCCAUGGGGCAUUGGCGCUCCGUUCAUUCGUUUACGUUUGUUUUUAAUCAUGGCUAAUAGAACAGUUAAAGAUGCGAACAGUAUACACGGAACAAAUCCCCAGUAUCUUGUAGAGAAGAUUAUAAGGACACGUAUUUAUGAGUCCAAGUACUGGAAAGAGGAAUGUUUUGGACUUACAGCUGAGCUUGUUGUGGACAAAGCUAUGGAACUGAAGUUUGUUGGUGGAGUAUUUGGAGGAAACAUCAAGCCGACCCCAUUCAUAUGUCUGACCCUGAAAAUGCUCCAGAUCCAGCCUGAAAAGGACAUCAUUGUGGAGUUUAUCAAGAACGAAGAUUUUAAGUAUGUUCGUUUGCUUGGAGCAAUGUACAUGCGUCUGACUGGCACUUCAGUGGAUUGCUACAAAUAUUUAGAGCCAUUAUACAAUGACUACAGAAAAAUCAAGACCCAGAAUAGAAAUGGAGAGUUUGAGGUGAUGCAUGUAGACGAGUUCAUAGAUGAGCUUCUUCAUGCAGAGCGAAUGUGUGACAUCAUCCUCCCCAGACUUCAGAAGAGACAGGUUUUGGAGGAGGCUGAACUCCUGGAUACUCGCAUUAGUGCCCUAGAGGAAGACCUGGAUGAGGUGGAGACCAGUGAUGAGGAGGAUGAGGAAGAAGAGAAGCAGGAAAGAGUGCAGUCACCAGAGCCACACAGGAGGGCUUACAGAGAUAUGGAUCGGCCACGCAGAUCUCCAUCUCCACGAUACAGACGAAGUCGCUCACCCAGAAGAAGGAGCAGAUCACCUAAAAGAAGAAGCCCAUCACCGAGACGUGAGCGAGAUCGGGAUCGCCACCGCAGCAAAAGCCCCCGUAGACAUCGCAGCAGAUCCAGGGACAGGAGACAUCGUUCCAAAUCUCCAGGUCACCAUAGAAGCCACCGGCAUCGCAGCCACUCCAAAUCCCCAGAAAGUCGGUCUAAGAAGAGUCAUAAGAGUCGUCGAAGAGGAAACGAGUGAUCUCAGUUUUUCUUUUUUUUUCUUUUUUGUAUAACAUUUUUGUAGUCUGAAAUGUAUGGAAAAAGCAAUUUCUGUCAUUAAAAGCUCAAUCGUCUGUGUAAAUGACCAAUGCCAAUUUAGUCCUAAGGGUUUUUUGUUUGUAUGCCGUUUUAUACACUUAACUGAUUUACAGCUAUAAUUUAAGAAAUUUUGUUUUUCAUCUGUUUGUAAGUGUAAUUCACUUUAUCAGUAUCAUCUUGAAUGAACUGUACUGUGCAAAAUAAACGUGUUGUAGUUUUACCAGUGAAGGAUAAUAUAAAGACAAAAAUGAAACGGUA